GUGGAGUUCACUUACUUGCCAAAAACAUUUAUCAAAACGGUAUUUUGUGGGUGGACAAAUCUCUCGCUACACUCUUCAAACAGACCAAAAGAUGCCAUGCCACUUCAGAGAGAAAAGCUCACAUCUGAUGAUUUCAGUGCCUGAAUUAUUUCGAUGUUUUACUAAUUAUAUGGGAAGAAUGACACAGAGAACAACAUCUCCAGUAUCCAGCUGUGUGUCUAUCAAGAGUAACAGCUCUAUUUGUCACCCUCCUGAUCUCAGUAAUAGAACAGUGACAUCUGACCCUGUUGGUGAAGGAGGUGAUCCAGUCUUUACUUCCUCCUCCAGUCAGAUCCACAUCAGGCAGCACAACAAAGCAGCUCUGCAGACACACACACUGCUGGAGGAUUCUCACCAACCGGCAGAUGAUGUCCUGCACAGAGUAAUAGAGACUCACAAAACCUACAUGAAGAGAAAGUAUGAGAGCUUAUUUGAGGGAAUCAAACUACAAAAGAAUCAAACCCUGCUGAACAGGAUCUACACACAGCUCUACAUCAUAGAGGGAGAGAGUAAAGGGGCGAAUGAAGAUCAUGAGGUUGUGCAGAUGGAGAAAACACCUAGAACACAUAAUUCACAGCACACUCCAAUAGGCUGCAAUGACAUUUUUAAACAUGUACCUAAACCAGGAUGUGAGGAGCAAAGAAAACAGAGGAAAGUUGAAAUCAAGACUGUUCUUACUAAAGGCAUCGCAGGAAUUGGCAAAACCGUCUCUGUGCAAAAGUUAAUUCUGGAUUGGGCCGAGGGAAAAGCCAAUCAGGAUGUAGAUUUCAUGUUUGUGCUUCCAUUUCGAGAGCUGAACUUGAUUAAAGAUCACCAGUAUAGUCUUCACAAACUUCUGCUGUACUUUCAUCCUGAACUUCAAGUUCUGGACUCCAAGAUUUAUGAUGAAUGUAAAGUUGUCUUCAUCUUUGAUGGUCUGGAUGAAAGCAGAAUUACACUGAUGUUUUCACACAGACAGAAAGUUUGUGAUGUGCAUGGGUCUUCAUCGUUGGGUGUGUUGAUAACAAACCUCAUUAAAGGAGAUCUUCUUCCAUCCUCUCACAUCUGGAUCACCUCCAGACCAGCAGCAGCCUAUGAGAUUCCUUUUAAAUACUUCAACCGUGUGACAGAAAUUCAGGGAUUCAGUGACCCUCAGAAGGAGGAAUAUUUCAGGAAGAGAAUCAGUGAUGAGCAUCAAGCCAGCAGAAUCAUCUCACAUAUCAGAAGGGCAAGAAGCCUCCACAUCAUGUGCCACAUCCCCGUCUUCUGCUGGAUCUCAGCCACUGUGCUUCAAAACAUCCUAAAACACAAUGACAGUGAAGAAAUCCCUAAAACUCUGACUGAAAUGUACAUACAUUUUUUGCUCAUUCAGACAAAUAGAAGGAAUCAGAAGUAUGAAGAAAAUGACCCAGUGAAGCUCCUACAGUCAAAUAGACAAAUUAUUGUGAAACUUGCUGAACUGGCUUUCAAACAGCUGAUGAAGGGCAAUGUGAUGUUCUAUGAGGAGGACCUGAUUGAGAGCGGCAUAGACGUCACUGAUGCCACAGUGUGUUCAGGGAUUUGCACUGAGAUCUUUAAGGAGGAAUCUGUGAUUUUUCAAAAAAACGUCUACUGCUUUAUACAUCUGAGCUUUCAGGAGUUUCUUGCUGCUUUCUAUGUGUUUUACUCAUAUAUUGUUAAGAACAUGCAAACGCUGAAACUUCUCUUUGUAGAGGUUAAGUGGUUAAAGUCUUGGAAGCUUUCUGAGCUACUAGAAUCAGUAGUUGACAAAACCCUGUGUAGUAAGACUGGACAUCUGGAUCUGUUCCUGCGGUUCCUACUGGGCAUCUCGCUGGAGUCCAAUCAGAGACUCCUACAGGGUCUUCUGACACAAACAGAGAACAGCUCAGAGAGCAUCAGGAACACCACUCAGUACAUUAAAUACACAAUCAGAGCUAACGAUGAUUUCUCAGCUGACAUAUCCAUCAAUCUGUUCCUCUGUCUGCUUGAAAUGAAGGAUGAGACUCUUUACAAAGAGAUACAGGACUUUGUGAAAUCAGACAAACACUCAGAGGAUAAACUCUCUCCUGCUCACUGUUCAGCAAUAGCUUACGUGCUUCAGAUGUCAGAGGAGGUGCUGGAUGAGCUUGACCUCAAGAAAUACAACACAACAGAGGAGGGUAGGAGAAGACUGAUACCAGCUGUGAACAACUGCAGAAAAGCUAUACUUACAGGCUGCAAUCUCACUGAUCUAUGCUGUGAAAGUGUGGCUUCAGUUCUAAAAUCAUCAAACUCCCCUCUGAGAGAGUUGGACUUAAGUAAUAAUAACCUGCACAAGUCAGAAAUAAGGUUGCUUUCUACUGGACUGAAGAAUUUACACCAUGGGGAGGAGAGUUUGUCUGUCUUCAAAUGCUUAGAUCAAUCCUUUCAAGGUUUGGAUUCAUCUUUACAGUUUUUAAACUACUUCCUCUGUGAGAUAGACCUGCAGGAUUUUGGAGUGGAGCUGCUUUUUGUUGGAUUGAAGAGUCCACAAUGUCAACUAAAGAAACUGAGAUUGGACAAUUGCAAUCUCACUGAUCAAUCCUGCAAAGGCUUGGCCUCAGCUCUUCAAUCAUCAGACUCUUCACUUAGAGAGCUGGAUCUGAGUAAGAAUGAUCUGCAGGAUUCAGGAGUGAAACUGCUCUGUGUUGGACUGAAGAGUCCAAACUGUGUACUGGAGAUAUUAAGAUUAUCUGGCUGUAUGGUGACAGAGGAAGGGUGUUGUUAUCUGGCUUCAGCUCUGAGGUCAAACCCCUCACACCUGAGAGAACUGGAUCUGAGCUACAAUCACCCAGGAGACUCUGGAGUGAAGCUGCUCUCUGAUCUACUAGAAGAUCCACACUGUAAACUGGAGAAACUCAAUGUGGAUCAUGUUGGAGAGGUCAUGAUAACAGCAGGACUACGCAAGUAUGCCUGUGAUCUCACACUGGAUCCAAACACAGUAAACAUUCAUCUCUGUCUGUCUGAGCAGAACAGGAAGGUGACACGUUUGGAGGAGCUGCAGUCAUAUCCUGAUCAUCCAGAGAGAUUUGAUUACUUUCCUCAGGUUGUGUGUAGAGAGAGUUUGUCGGGACGCUGCUACUGGGAGGUCGAAUGGAGCGGGUGGAGGGGGGCUGUUAUAUCAGUGGCACAUGAAGGAAUGAGCAGGAAAGGAGGAAGUGAUGAUUGUAGGUUUGGAUUCAAUGAAAAGUCCUGGAGCCUUGAUUGCUCUGAUGAGAUUUUCACUGUCUGGCACAAUAAUAAAAGCAGUGACAUACACAUCCCAUUCUCCUCUAAGAGAGUAGGAGUGUUUCUGGACUGGCAGGAUGGCACUCUGUCCUUCUACAGCGUCUCUGACACACACACACUCACACACUUACACACAUUUUACUCCCCAUUCACUGAACCCCUCUGUGCUGGAUUUAGGGUUUUUAUUGACUCUUCAGUGUCUCUUCAUCAGACUGAAAAGAUUUGACACAAUGGGGUGAAAGGUAUUCGUGGGGCUGAGAAGUCUGGAACAUUCACAACUGUGACCUCGUCUGUGAAAACCCAGCUAAAGUCGCCUAAUAUAAUUAUGAGAUAAAGAGUGUCAAAGUAGUCAUAGCUAUAAAAAUGAUGAAAAUAGGUAAUGUGUGCUUAUCGCUGUACAUGAUAGAUCAUAUCAAGGUAUUCGAGAUUCAGCACUCGAAUUUUCAUUUAUAACAUUAUAAAUAUUGAAAUGAAUGAUUUUAUUGACAACCAGCUUUUAUUGAUAACUAGAUUAUUUUAAGGACAUUGCAAUCAUGACAACUCUCGAAAGAUUUUAGCAUGGUGAUGGAUAUGACAAUGUUAAU